AGUCACCCUGGCCUCUGGAGACCGGUUCGCUUCAGCCUCCGCCUCUGGCAAGCAAAGUGUACGGAUGUCAUCCGCCUGAAUUCUGCCACGGAUCUGAGUGAGCUGCGGGCCGCCGCCCGGAUGGGCCCGCCCGAGCGCUAUACAUGAGCUCCCAAAGGUAGACAUGCCCUGCUCCCAGAGUCCCCAGGACUUGGAAUAGUACCUAACUCACACUUAGUGCGAACAAAUGUUAAGAGGAUAAAUGAGGCUGCAGUUUACUGCAGGAAACAGCUGUGGGAGUCAGGGCUCAAAUCUCCAGGGAUUGUUGAAUUGCCAAAGAGUUUGGUUCACGAGCUGAAGCUCCCAUUCCAUGGAUCCCUUGGGUGCACCUUCCCAGUUUGUGGAUGUGGAUACCCUGCUAAGCUGGGGCGACUCGUACGAAGAUGAAGUAGACUGCGCUGACAGUACUGCCGAGGCCUUCCAGGAAGACGCCAGCAGAUCACCUUUUGUUUAUAGUCGGGACGUCAAUGGAAAAGUGGUUCUUUGGAAAGGAGAUGUGGCAUUACUGAACUGCACAGCCAUUGUGAAUACCAGCAAUGAAAGCCUCACAGAUAAGAACCCUGUGUCAGAGAGCAUCUUCAUGCUUGCGGGGCCAGAUUUGAAGGAGGACCUUCAGAAACUCAAAGGUUGCCGAACUGGUGAAGCAAAAUUGACGAAAGGCUUUAACCUAGCUGCUCGGUUCAUCAUUCACACAGUGGGACCUAAGUACAAGAGCCGCUACCGCACUGCAGCGGAGAGUUCCCUGUACAGCUGUUACAGAAACGUGCUUCAGCUGGCAAAAGAACAGUCCAUGUCUUCUGUUGGCUUCUGUGUCAUCAAUUCUGCCAAGCGAGGUUAUCCACUAGAAGAUGCAACACACAUCGCUCUUCGUACUGUGAGGCGGUUCCUAGAGAUCCAUGGGGAAAACAUUGAAAAAGUAGUAUUUGCUGUCUCAGAACUCGAAGAGGCCACUUACCAAAAGCUGCUACCUCUGUACUUCCCAAGGUCAUUAAAGGAGGAGAUCCGGUCAUUGCCGUACCUACCUGCAGACAUUGGAAAUGCAGAAGGGGAGCCCGUGGUGCCCGAGCGGCAAAUUAGAAUCAGUGAGAAACCCGGUGCCUCGGAGGACAAUGAAGAGGAAGAUGAGGAUGAAGGCUUGGGAGUGGAUCUGUCUUUUAUUGGCUCUCAUGCUUUUGCUCGGAUGGAAGGAGAUAUUGACAAGCAAAGAAAGUUGAUCCUCCAGGGACAGUUGUCUGAAGCCGCCCUGCAGAAGCAGCAUCAAAGAAAUUAUAAUCGCUGGUUAUGCCAAGCAAGAUCUGAAGACCUGUCUGAUAUUGCUUCUCUGAAAGCUUUAUACCAAACAGGGGUAGAUAACUGUGGCCGCACAGUGAUGGUGGUAGUUGGAAGAAACAUUCCUGUGACACUGAUAGAUAUGGACAAGGCCCUCUUGUAUUUUAUCCAUGUAAUGGAUCACAUUGCUGUGAAGGAGUAUGUGCUGGUGUAUUUCCACACACUGACCAGCGACUACAAUCACCUGGACUCCGACUUCCUGAAGAAACUCUACGAUGUGGUUGACAUCAAAUACAAGAGGAAUUUGAAGGCUGUUUAUUUCGUUCAUCCAACAUUCCGUUCAAAGGUCUCAACAUGGUUUUUCACCACCUUUUCUGUCUCAGGACUGAAGGACAAGAUCCACCACGUAGACAGCCUGCAGCAGCUCUUCUCUGCCAUAUCACCAGAGCAGAUAGACUUUCCUCCUUUUGUCCUUGAAUAUGACGCGAGGGAAAAUGGGCCUUAUUUUGCAUCUUAUCCUCCAUCACCAGAUUUGUGACCUGCGCCUUCCCAGUGCUUCUCGGUCACAGGAUUCCAUUUAACCACAACUCGCCACCUAUCGGAGUGAUGUUCAUUUUUGCUGUACAGAUCCAGAGAGCUUUUGUCCCCACCUCUCUGGUAUUUUUUUAUUGACUAUAUAUUUUCUGGCACAUAAACAAUCUAAAACUGGUAGGCCAUUCUGAACUGCAUACAUUUUAAAUUUGUAUAUUUGUAUCAAAUGGAAAUGCUCAUUUUUAGAGCAUUAAUAGAAACUGGGGAUCAACUUUUGAGUGUCUCCAGUUUCCUAAAGGACACUGGACUCUGUCACACAGGCCACCAACGUUGCUCACAUCAUCUCUUACAGUGCACGCUUCCGGACUCUGUUACAUAGGCCGCCACCAUUGUUCAUAGCAUCUCUUAAACAGUGCACGCUCUCUCUGUGUAUUUAAGUGUUUCUCAAAAUAUAUAGAACCAAUGUAUGCUAAACGGAUGCAUUGUUCCCUCAGAUCCUGGCUUUAAUACCAUUUACAUUUUAUACAGACGAUCUGAUUAUAAUAUAGAAUUGCCCAUGACCAAGAAUAUUGAAAUGUGUAUGAUCAAAACUGUAAAAACCUUCAACAACAUAGAAUUGGCAGAUUGUUGGCCCAAGCUACAGCUGAGCUGUGCGUGCUUCUUGGGUUGUCUACUUUGUUCCUAUUGACACUGCUCUGAUCUCAGUGUGGAGAGCAUGAGACUGUACCUUCAACUGUCUUCUUUAAUCAUGUGACUCGUGACUCGUCUCUUUACCAAAAGAAUGUUUGUGCUCCCAGCACUCCUAAGUAAAGACCAUUUCCCAGGACUCCAUCCCUGACCACAUUGCUGUCUUCUCAGAGUCAUCAAUGAUUGUGUUGGUUCAGUAUCACUUGAGUCGCCUACAUCAGUAUGUUGGGAGUAUGUAACAGUGCACAAAUCCAAGGACCAGAAAAUUCACUUUUCACAAAACAUUUGCCAUUCAGGCUCUGUGUGUGCCUUAGUGAGUGAAAUUUAGAAUUAUACAACCUACCUCAGAGGUAACAUAAAGAUAGGAUUUAGAAAGAACCUGGCUUUUCCAGGAUGCAGAGGAUUGAGGGAAGUGGGGUGCGUGCGGUAGAGUGUCUUCAUUCAGUUCUCAAUGGGUUAAUGGGAAUAAAUAUAUGUAAAGGAAUUCUAUAAGGUGUUCUAUGGUCUUUAGCACCUUUUGAAUGACUGAGUGGUGUUUGGGGGUGGGUCACAAAAAACAAAUCCCACCCAGACCCUCUGACCAUUUCCUGCUUUGUACAGAUUUUCUUUUGGCUCUCCUACAAUGCUGCCAUUUAACAAGAGACAUCUGUUACUCGUUUUAAAGAUUUCUUCUUGAAUUAAGGUCAAAGCAUUAUUGUUUCCAUGUGGCUGUCUUUAUAGGCUUCUUGGUGCCCACACCCACCCACCUCCAUCCCCUUCACUGUAUCAUGCAUGUUUGCAGUUGAGAGAAGAAAAAGUAAGAACUGAAAGAGAUGGUAAAGCAGGGCCCUAGCAGGAUCCUGCCAGCCCUCCCAGGGUCCCAGUCUGCUGCCCAAGCACUCUUCAGGAGAGGGAAGGAAGCGUGCCUCUCUUCACCUUUAAGAGGGUGCCCUCCCAGUGAUCAUUUUAUGUUGCUUCGUAUAAACAAGAAGUGGUUCACAUUUCUUGGAUAGGUGUCCUUGUUAGAUAUCAAAGCCACUGCUAGUUCUGUCUCCCUACAUGGGAAGGACUGCCUGAUAUGUUCUAGGUCAUCGAGACAACCAGUCAGAUAUGAGGUGUAAACUUGCUUUCAUGACUCCUUUAACCGUCUCAUCCUUAGAUAGAGUGUCUGGUAUUUUAAGUUCCUCCCAUACAGCAGUUAGCGUGUCGUUUGAUCUGAGGCACUGCUUACUAGAAGCAGCAAUAGCACCUGCUCCACUAAUGCUGGACUUAGCUACCGAGAACUGACAUCUGGCCUAAACCAUUGCCGCUCUGUAUAAUAGAAACUGUAAGUUACCUUGCUAUUUGAACAGAAGAAAUUUUAUAUGAACAAUGUCUGUAUUUUUUCAGACAGACUCACAUUCAGGCUGGCCCUAGACUUGUGACCCUCUGUCUCAAUCUCUAGAGUGCUAGGAUUAUAAAUAUAUGCUGUGAUACCCAGAUCUCUGCAAGUUGCAAUUUAUUGUAUGCAAUAUUUUUCAAUGAAUGUUCUUUUUUUAUACCUGUAAGAAUCUCUAUUUGCUUAUGUUCUAGCCUAAUUAACACAAUUGGAGUGGAAAGGUGGUAAAAGACUAUUUAGCAAUGUAUGUAAGGAUGACUAAAGAAAGGGAAGGGCCAGUGUGGGGCUAUUCAUAAUUGAUUGCUUCUUAGAGGGGAGGCAGCAUGGCCUUGGUAUUGAAAUAAGUAAGUAACCUGUUAUGUAUGUGUGUUCUGUCAAAGGUUUGCAUAGCCUGGAGAACACAGGAGGUUUUCAAGAGUGUAUCAGAGAAGAAUGGAGUGCCUGGGUGGCGAUCCCUAAGACUUGGUGUUAACCCAGAGCACCAACAAGUCUUUAGUCCAAUUAAACCCUUGGUCAUGCCAAGAAUUAGCUGAAUUGCUAAAGGCACAAUAUAGAAAUUACUAGCUUAUUAACUGACAUAGGCAAGCAGGAUAGAAUUGUAAUGGAAGUACAUUUGCUUCAGCACAUACCUGAGUUUUUCUGACUCACACACAUCCAAGAUUCUGGACCAUAAAAUGACCUCUCGGGAGGGGUUGAGUGGACUAGGUUGUUACGGCAAGUGUCACUGUUAAAGGUUUCGUUACUGUGUCUCUCUGGUUUCAUUGUGAGAGAGUCUGUUAUAUUUGCUUUUUCAGAGGAACCCAUUUGUAGUAUUUUAAGAGCAAUCAGGAUUUUUAUUUUGUAUAUCCCCAAGAUCAAAGGAACAUACAUAAGGAAAAUGGAUAUAGGUGUUUUGUUUGUUUGUUUGUUUGUUUGUUUGUUUGUUUUAGUAAGUUUCUGAAAGUCUAAAAGGAAUAAAGUAUCCUUCCAAAGAAGGUUAAGUAUAAACACCCUAGCUAAAGAAAAAAAUAAGUUUGCCUAUAUCUUCCUGGGUUUUUAUUUGUUUGCUUUUAUUGAAAAAUAGAAUUGUAGGGAUGGGCUUAUAACUCCAUGGUAGAGCAGUCACAUAACACACACACAAGAGCCUGGAAUCUACCCCUAGCACCAGGAAAAUAAAUAGAUAUUGAGAAAGUAAUGCUUUUAUUUUACCUUUGUAACAGUUAUCAGGAAAGUGAUAAAAUAUACUCUUCAACACAAGCUAAAAAUCAUUCUUUAUUUUCAUAAUAUGCAUCUAUGCAUAGUUUCAAUUAGUUGACAUAUAAAUAGAAAUCAGAAUUUCAGGAGUUGGAUAAAGAAAAAAGUCUAGCUGUGGAAUCCCUACAUUGUGGUAUUAAAGACCAAAGGUGCCACAAGGUAGCCUGGAGACUCCUCUGAUUGGACUUAAGGGACUUUCCAGUUAGUUUAUACCCUACCACCCCACCUCUGGUACCAGAUACUGACCCCAGAGCCUUGCAUGCUGGCCAAGCACUACACCACUGAACCAUACUGCCAGUCUCAGUGUCCUCAUAGUCAUCGUAAGCAACGUGUAGAAAAAUGUUUUCUCUGUACCAUCUCUGAUGCAGCCUCCCAGCUUACAGUUAGUUCUGGGUUUGUAAUUGCAUGAAACCUUAAAGCUGGAGACUCAUUGUAGAAGUCUAGAAAGACCCAAGAUCAAAACAACAUACACUUCAAGAUCCCCCAUCCCCACCCCUUGCUAUUUUCAUAGAGGCGAGGAAGACCAUCACUCACUCUCACUGUCUUAACCUGCCCACGACCCAGCAUUGCAUCUGAGAUUACGGUUUUAACAGAUAAGUUGGAGUGAGGUGCGUAUGUAUGUAUGAUCCAAGUCAUGAUCUAAGCCCAGAGGUGAUAAGGGUUCUUUAAUAGAUUUAAGAAAUGCAGUGUAUGCAUAUAAAUGAUUUAUGCAUAUGUGUGUAUGCGUAUAAAUGUAGAUAGUCUGCUUUUAUAGUCUUUGACUGGCUUGUGUGAUUCAUGUGUAAAAGCAGAGCAAUAAGAGUGUAGACACUUUAGUUUACCUUAAACAGGUGGUGUGGUCAUUUUGAUAUCAGUGGCUCUCAUCAGUUAACUUUUGUUCUACAUUUCUAAGAUCAGCUGUUGGAUUCAAGAAGAAGAGAAUAUUCCCUACAUGAAUUAUACUAAAACAUCAUAACUGUUGAAUAUGGUUGAUACUGGCUCAAACAUAAAAACAGCUGUCACAUCACAAAACUUUUAUAAUACGUUUUGCUAACAUGAGUGUACAGUUAUUUCAGCUGAGCCAGGACUUGUUUACACCAGAUCACUUUUGCUAAAACAUUCAAGAGCUUACCAUAUGAGUGAUUUAAAUUGCUGUUGGCCAGAGGACGCUUAAAAUCAUUUUAACAGGAUUUUAAAACUUGUUUGUUGAGAAUGCUACUGUGGACACUCUUGUCUUUUAAAAUGUUUUAGCCCUUCCUGUGGAGUGGUUGGAUCCCCUUCAGGUAGGGUCCCAGUCUUUACAAAUAGAGCCUGUGAAGGCCAGUAGUGAAAAUUACUGUGUUUGGGCUGGGGAGAUGGCUCAGCAGUUUACACUGACUGCUCUUCCGAAGGUCCUGAGUUCAAAUCCCAGCAACCACAUGGUGGCUCACAACCAUCCCUAAUGAAAUCUGACUCCCUCUUCUGGUGUGUCUGAAGACAGCUACAGUGUACUUACAUAUAAUAAUAAAUGAAUCUUGAGGCCGGA